AUGGGCGUUAUCGAACUGCUUCGCGGACCUAUCACGUUAUCGGCCGCGAGAGAAAAGAGUUACGAUGUGAUCCAUGCCUCCCAGUACCCCCGACAAAAGCAUGCCUUUUACGAGGAGCUACAAGGGCAGCGCAAUACCAUCCGUGCCGUGGUCGCGCAUCACUUGGGCGUCGCUACCGAACAGUGCGAAGUCUCCCCGCAGGAAUACUGGCGACACGGAUCUUUCAAGCUUUGCGUGCCCAUUAGCGUUUCCGCGCAUGACCCCUCCCUGCCGAAGUCUGUCAUGGUCCGACUUCCGCUUCCAUACCGCGUCGGAGAAGCAAAGCGUCCAGGCAACGCUGACGAAAAGCUGAGGGGCGAGGCAGCCGCUUAUGCAUGGAUACAGCAAUUCUGCCCUUCGGUGCCCAUUCCCCAGCUAUAUGGUUUCGGCUUGUCCACCGGCCAACGGUUCACUAAUCUCAAAUGCCUUCCCUGGUGGUCUCGCUGGCUCCAGCGAGCUCGUCGUUUGGUUCUUACGUUGCUCGGCCGUCCCCUACCCUCCCGCUAUGCAUGCCACAACGCCAGCUAUAUCCCAUUUCUGCGAACUGGCUAUUUGAUUAUUGAGACCAUUGUCGGCGGUGAGAUGCUCUCAGAUACUUGGAAGGACAAACAUGACGAUGUACGAUUGCAAAAUAAUCUCUACCGGGGUCUCGCCUGCACACUACUUUCCCUCACUCGCAUUCCACUUCCACGCAUUGGAGCCUUCCGACUUGACGAUAACGGCUACUUGCAUCUGGACAAUCGGCCACUAAGCAUGGAGUUCGUUAUGCAAGAGAAUGAGGGCAUCCCACUCGAAGUUCCGCGGAAUGCCACCCUUUCUACCGUGGACGAUUUCAUCUUGCAGCAAUUGGCAGCACUGGACACGCGUAUGAUCCAUCAGCCGAAUGCUGUAGAAAAUUACAGUGAUGGAUGGUUUCAGAUGGCCGGUCUAGCUGCAGCAAGGGCCGCCUUUCCACAUAUGUUCUGCCCGGAACUUCGCUCGGGACCUUUUGCUUUCAGUCUCACGGAUCUCCAUCCAAGCAAUAUCAUCGUGGAUGACGACUGGAACAUUGUGAGCAUUAUCGACUUGGAAUUCUCCUGCGCGUGGCCUAUCGAAUUCCAACAGCCUCCAUACUGGCUGGGAGGGCAAUUGAUCGAUGAGGUAGAUCGAGAGACCUUUGGUCCUGAGCAUGAGCAGUUCGUUGAAGUGCUGGAGGAACAAGAGCGGCUUUUAGGCCGUAGUGAAGCCAACUCUCUGUCUUCUAUUAUGCGGCAAGCAUGGGCAAGCGGCAGCUUUUGGGCCACUCUCGCAAUCAAGGAUCCAAUCAGCUUUACGACCAUCUUUUACGACCGCAUAGUGCCUUAUCAUCUCUCGUACAUCGCCGAGGAGAUUCAGACGACUGACUACAAGUUUCUGGCGAGUCUCUGA